AUGUAUUCCUCAAGUAUCAGUGAAGGAUUAAGAAAUAUUGAUAAGAAUGAUAUAAAUUUAUUGCGACAAUCAUGGUCGGUUAUAAAUCGAAAUCUUGAAAAAACUGGUGUCAAUAUCUUUAAAAUGAUAUUUAAUCAAUGUCCUGAAGCGAAAUAUCUUUUUCCAUUCACGGAUACUUCAAAAAAAGAUAGUGAUUUCAUCAGAUUUCAUUCCUUACGAUUUAUGCAGGCAAUAGAAAGUAUUAUUAAUUCCAUAGAGAAUUUAAAUGAAAUCGAUCCAUUGUUAACUAAUCUUGGUCAUGUGCACGGCAAAUUAAAGGAAAGACUGGAUUUCAAACCGGAAUACUGGAGCGUUUUCCGUGAAUGCACAUUGUAUCAUUUUAGACGAGGUUUGGAAAAAAAUAAUGUCAUUGGCAAAACUCGAAAACUUUUUGGCAUGCUAGAUUCAACACAUUCCAAUGUUGAUUAUUUGAUUACCUUAUGGGGUAUGCUCUUAGAUCAUAUGAUCGAAGCGAUGACAACAUCUUUUCGAGCUGAUGUUCGAACAAGGGAACUUAAUAAGAACAGGUGGGUGCAAUAUGAGGAUGAACAAAAUAGCAAUUAUUUCGAAGAAAAGAAAGCAACGAUGAAAAUGCAACGAACUAAACAGUAA